AUGCGUCCGUCUCUAUCCGCAGAUCGCGAUCGCUACAUCACUGUCAAGAAUCCGCGUACCGUGAGACGUCUCAGAACAGGCCCUGAGCUGACGGGGUACCCCGGGGGGAAGUGUGUGGCACAGGAUGGCCCCAAGUCGCUGUUCCUGGUGAACCCGGACAGGGCGGGCGCGACGGAGCAGUUCACAUUCGACCACGUGGCAGGGGAGAGCGCGUCGCAGGAGGAUCUGUUUGAGCUGGCAGGGAGGCCCAUAGUCGAGAACUGCCUAGCUGGGUACAACAGCACUAUGUUCGCGUAUGGCCAGACGGGCAGCGGGAAGACGUAUACAAUGUUUGGAGCUGACGUGGAUAAGGCUGACGUAGACAGACUGCGAGGGGAUAACGCUGACGUGGAGGUCGGGUCGAGGUGGGGGAUGAUUCCGCGAGUGUUCCAGCUGGUCUUCGCCCUCAUGCAGCAGGAGAAGCAGCAGAGGGCGGGUGAGCGUCUCACGUUCAUCUGCACGUGCUCGUUCCUGGAAAUCUACAACGAGCAUUUCUAUGACCUACUGGACCCCAAGCGCUGCAACCUGCACAUCCGAGAGGGCCCCAAUGGCGUGUAUGUGGAGAAUCUCACCAAGCAACCACUCACCUGCUUUGCCCAAGUCAUGGAGCUAAUCCAGCGGGGAGCGAAGAACCGGCGGGUGGCGGGGACAAACAUGAACCGGGAAAGCAGCCGGUCUCACAGCGUCUUCACAUGCAACAUUGAGAGCACGUGGACGGUUGAGGGCAUCAGCAACCGACGCUUCGGUCAACUCAACCUCGUUGACCUUGCGGGCUCUGAAAGGCAAAAGUCAUCAGGGGCCACGGGGGAGAGGCUCAAGGAGGCGAGCUCCAUCAACACAUCGCUUUCCCAGCUCGGCAAGGUGAUCAUGGUGCUAGUGGAGUCGCUGAGGGAGAACAAGCCUCGCCACGUGCCCUACCGCGACUCCUACCUCACCUUCCUCCUGCAGGUGAAUACCCUGGCUCCGUUCACCUCCAGGUCAUUCCGGGAAUCUCACAGCACGCUCAAGUUCGCCCAGAGGGCGAAGCUGGUGCAUAACAAGGCGGUGGUGAAUGAGGCUGCAGAGGGCGAGAAGGACGCCCUCAAGAAGGAGAUCGCCCGGCUCAAGGACGAGCUUCAUCGACUGUACAAGCUCUGCACCUGCGAGGCCCGUCUGCUCCUCCCUGCCUCCUCCUCCUCCCCGCCUCCCUUCGCCCUCCCUCACUCCCGCACCACCACACCCAGAACACCCCGCAACGCUGCCACCAAUGCUGCUGGUACCUCCACCAGCGCUGCUGCUUGCUCCCCACUGGCAAUGGCGUUACAGGAGAGAGCAAACUCCCCCAGACAUGUGCAGCUGCUGGGGGAGAUUGAGCGGCUGGAACGGACGCUAGCAGGGUGCCUGCGCCGGGAGAGGGAGCUGGAGCGGGAAGUGGGGGUUCUGAGGGGCGAGAAUGCGAAGCUGAGGAAGCAGCUCGCUGCUGCUGCUGCUGCUGCUGCUGUUGAUGGUGGGGUUGGGGCUGAUGUGAAGGGUGCUGCUGGUGCUGGUGUUGCUGGUGGUGAUGGCUCUGCUGGGGUGGAGGGAGUGGAGGGGAUGGGUGAGGGAGAGGGGAUGGUGGGGAGGCUGGAGACUGUGGAGGAGGGGGAGGAGGAGGAGGAGGAGGUGGAGGAGGGAAGUGGGUCGGAGGAUAUGGCGACUCUCAAGGAUCAGGUGGCGGAGCUGCUGGUGCAGAAGGCAGCAGCAGGCGGGGGCCACGCUCAGGAGCGCAUAGAGGAGCUGACGCUCGAGCUGCAGGGCGCACGGGAAGAGCUGGCUCGCUGCAGGGAGCACCUAAGGCUGUCUGAUGCUGCUAACGAGCAGCUUGCGAGGCAAACGAAAGAGAUGGAGGGCGGGAUGCAGCUGCUGACUGUGCAGAGCCUCUCAACUCAUGCCCCUCCGUCUCUCCAACUCUCCAUCCUCCCAUCCCCCCGUACCCACCACCGCCCAUCCAACAGGCAAACGAAAGAGAUGGAAGCGGAGAUGCAGCUGCUGGCUGCUCAGAACCUCUCUCUGGAAGAGCAAAUCAGCUCUCUCAAGGGUUUCAAGGCUGAUGCCUCCUCGUCCGCACUCCAGAGGGGGUUCGCUGCGCACAAGGGAGAUCUCUCCUCCGCGCCCACUCCCAUCCCAUCAGCCGCGCGUGCUGCUGCUCCCAGCACCCUCAUUCCCACGCCUCUGGUCACCACCACAAGAGGCGCUCGUGCUGCCACUCCCAGCAGCGGCGGCUUUGGUACCAGCCUGGGGGCAGGCAUCAAUAGGAACCUCGAGGAGGCGUUUUCUGGCGCUAAGGGGUUUGAAACUCCGCUUUCGACAAGGGGUAAGAGUGCAGCAGCAGGGAGAGGCGGAGGAGGAGGGGGAGGAGGGGGAGUAGGAGGUUCGGAGUGUGUGGUUGACUGUAGGUCCUCUCUCAGGCAUGUGGGCAAGGAUCAGGAUAGGUUCAGGCAGCAGAGGUUGGAUUUGGACUCGGCUAUUAAAGGGAAGUUGGAAGCUGAGUGGGCCAACAGCGCGCUCAAGGCGAAUCUGAAGCUCCAGGAGCAGGAAGCGAGGGAGCUUGUAGAGAGGAUGCAGACCGAGGAGGAACGGAGGCGUGAGGCAGAGAGGUUGGCGGAGGAGGCGGAGAGAGAGGUUCGGGAAGCUGGCGCCGCAGCUGCGGCGCUGGCUCGGGAGAAAGCUGCGGUGGAGGAGCAACUGCGUGCGAUUCAGGAACAGGUCCGGGAGCUCCAAGGUCGGGAGGAGCGGAGCGAGGAGGAGAGGAGGGAUUUGGAGGAAGCGUUAAGGAGAGAGAGGGAUUUGGGGGAGGAGGCUGCUCAGUUGGCUGAGGCUGAGUGGAAGAAGACUCAAGAGGCGACUGCUAGGAGGAUUGCUGCUGAGAGGAGCCUUCAGAGGACGAUGGAUGAGGCGAAGAAUCUGAGAGGAUUGCUGGAUGAUUCGGAGGAGACGAGGGCUAAGUAUGUGAGGCUGAAGCAUGAGCUACGGGCAGCACUGCAGAGGCUUGUGAAGGCGGCGGAACAGAAGGUGGAGGAUGAGAAGGCGUUGGAGAGGAUGAGGGAGGAGUUGGGAGCGGUGAGAGCGCAGGUGGUGAGUGCGGUGGAAAGGGCGGAAGAGGCGGAGAGGAGAGUGAGGGAGGGUGGGGUGAGAGGUGCCGGAGUUGGGGCGGGUGUUGGGGGAGAUGAGGUGGCAGGUAGGGAGGGUGAGGUGUUGGAUGAGGGGAGUGAGGUGGCCGGAGGAGAGGUGAGGGUGGGAGAGGGAAAGGAGGUAGAGUGCUUGAGGGAAGAGAGUAUGAUGGAAGAGAGGGAGCAGGCACAGCGGCUAGUGGAUGACCUAUUGAGGAAGGUAGAGGACUUGGAGGAGAAGGGACGGGAGGCGGAGAGGAGGGCGGAAGUGGAUGCUCUGAGACUGGAGGAAGCAGCAAGGAAGCUGCAGGAGGCGCAGGAUGAAGCGAUUUUGGCAGGGGAGAAGGUGAGAGAGAGGCUGGAGGAGGAGGAGAUGUUGAGAGAGAGGGUGGAGGCGUUGGAGGGCCUGAUGCAGAUUGAGGAAGCAGAAGCUGUCAGGGAAAACGCAGAGGUGAUGCUGCUGCAGGGGAUACUGGAAGAUAUGGAAGGUACUGGUCGGUUUGGAAUGGUGAAGAUGGAAGGGGAAGGGGGGCUGGAGCAGGGGCAAUCUCGGGAAGUGCUGGAGGGGGAGUUGUUGCGGGUGCGAGAGGAGGUUGAGGGGAAAGAGGAGAUCCGGAGGCAUAAGGAGGAGUUGGAGAGCAGUCGGAGAGAGUUGGAAGAGGUGAUGGUGAAGCUGGGAGUGUGGGAGGACACGUGGGCGGCCUGGGAGACUCACCGGCAAGAGGUGCAAUAUCCAGGGGGAUGCUGGUAUGAUAUGGGCGUGAGGUAUAACUGGGGGAGGGUGGUUCUGGAGCUUGUUCAGAGGGAGCUGAGGAGAGAGAGGGAGGGGAAGGUGAAGGCGGAGGAGGGGAAGGAGAGGGCGGAGGAGGAGAGGAGAGAGGCGGAUGAGGCAGUGUGGAAAGCGGAGAGGGAGGUGAGGGCUUUGGUGGACGAGAAUGGGGAGCUGAGGGAGAUGUUGGGGUUGAGGGAAGGGGAUGUGGUGGCAGUGCCGGGGAAAGGGAGGAGGGAGAGCUUUGAGCUUGCAAUUGGUGCGCUUAGAGCGAGGAUUUGGGAUGGGAGGGUGAGGGAAAGGGAGAUGGAAGUGGAGGAGGGGAGGGUGGAGAGGGAGAGGAGGUCGGUGGAGGAGAGGAGGAUGAGUAUGGAGGAGAGGAAGAGGGAAGUGGAGAGGAGGAAGGAUGAGGAGCAAAGGGAGGAUGAGGACAGGAGGGGGGAUGAGGAGUCGAGGGAGGAUGAAGAGGCGGGUGGUGAAGAUGUGCAAAGAGAGAAGGAUCGGGAUGAGAUUCCGUCAGGCUUGGAGGGGAUCGAAGAAGAGAGGAUUGAGCAGGAGGAGGUGGAGGAAAUGGGGGAGAUGGGGGAGGUUACACUGGCGGUGCAGGGCGCAGGGGACGGGCAGCAGGCGAAGGAGGCAAGGAGGCAAACGGAGGAUGAGAGAAGGAUGGAGGAGGAGCAGCUGAAGGCCUCGUGUGCUGCGUUGGAGGAGCAGGGAGCACAGAUGGAUGCUGAACUGGCAGGGUUUAGGGCGGAGAGGGAGAAGCAGAGGAGGGAGGUGGAGCAGAUGCGAGCAGUUAGAGAGGUUCUGGAGAGGGAGAGGUGGCUGCUGGAUCAGAGAGGGGGGGAGUGUGGGGCGGAGGAAACGGGGAAAGGAGAGGAUGAGGGGGAACGGAGGACCGAGGAGGAAAAGGUAGAUGGGGAAGGGUCUGGGUGGGAAGAAGGUCGGGAGGAGUAUGGGAUGGGGGUGCUGAGUACUCCCGUUCGUGCUGCUGACGUGGGAACAGAUGGGGUGUCAGCAGUGAGCUUGCAGCAGCCACAUGCCACUCUGGCUUUUGAGGCGCCUCAACAGCCACGUGCCACUCCAGUGCUCUUCUCUGCUUCUCGUGAACUGGGGAGAGGGAGGCAGGUCCUUCAGAAGGAGAACCGCCUGCUUCACGCGCAGCUAAGUGCGUCAGAGCAGUCAGUGCGGGGCUCACUCGCUGCCAUGAGCACUCCAGCGCCCACGCGGGCGAGGAGCAGACGAAGCACACAAGAGGGGUCACCUGGAGCGACGGAGAUUUGCACGAGCAAAGAAAUGGGCAUGGGCUCCAUUCUUGAAGCAGCAGGAUCAGCAUCAGAGUCGGGUAUUGGAACGGCCGCGGAUGGGGGAGGCUCGCCCGAUCCAGCAGGUGCAGCAGCAGGAGGGGCAGCAGUGGAGCUGCUGAAGGCCAAGGCGUUGAGGAGGCACCAGCAAGUGCUGCAAAAGGACCAUGAGAUUCGCCAGCUUCGCAUGCAGCAAGACAUCCUUCUUCAGGAAAAAGACAAGUUUCUGGUAGAGAUGCAGCAAAUUCGGUCAGAGGCAGUGCUGCAGAGGAGCAUGGCGGACAAGUGCCUGCAGAAGAACCACGCGCUCUCCCAGGAGAAUGCGCACCUCAAGCAACAACUGGAGGGCGUGCAGCAGCAGCUGGAGAGGGCAGAGGGCGAGCUGGCGAGGCUUGUGGGGCAGAACAACCUGAAGCAGCGCAUUCACAUGUUCGACAAGGUCAAGGUGGAGAACAGCACUCUGAGGGCGCAGAACGAGGAGAUGGCAGCAGCAGUGAAGCGCAUGGAGGGGCGGGUGAAGCGGCUGGAGCAGGAGCUGGGACGGCACAGGAAGAAGGCAGGGCAGGCUGAGAAGAUUGACUAUGAUGAGGAGGCGAGGCUGCAGCAACGUCUGGAGGAGGUGGAGAGGGGCAGUGCUGACGUGGCACAGAAGCUGCUCACUGUCUGCCAAGCUGUCCUCCAGAUAACUGAGGGUGCAGCAAACGCCCAUGCAGCUGUUACGGAUGGGCAUGAUCCAGAGAACGGCAGUGGCAGCAGCAGCAGCAGCAGCAGCAGCAGCAGCAGCAGCAGCAGCAGUGGUGGUGGUGGUGGAGGCAGCAGUGUGGGAGAGGGGUCGCUAGGUGCGGACCCGUCAGGUGCAGCCCUUGCUGCUUUGAACGCCCUCAAGUUCAGGAUCAAGGCUGUAGACGACGAGAUCAGCGACCUCAAGUUCCAGGCCCGCAUGGCAGCAGAGAAGGCAGACCUGUGUGAGCUUCGAGAGAAGAAUGCUAUCGGGGCGGAAAAAGGGGCUGGAGCGGGGGGAGGAGGGCAGGGGUCAGGGAGAGGGUUCGCCUCUCCUCCGGAGAGGCCCAGCUCCAGCCCAUGCGUGGCUGGAGCUGGGCCGGGCUGCUCCCCGCUGCUGCCCAUGCACGGCGCCAAGCAGUCAUGCGCUGUGGUGGAGCGAUCAGACGUGGUAAGGAGGUGUGGGAAUGGGUGCCUGGGGGUUUGCCCUAGAGCCACCUGCCAGAGCCACCUGCCAGGUUCUCUUCCUCUGCUGCCCAUGCACGGCGCCAAGCAGCCAUCCGCUGUAAUGGAGCGGUUGGACGUGGUAAGGAGGUGUAGAAAUGGGUCCCUCCGUCGGUGGGCCUUUAUUAUUGGGAGCUGCACCCGCUGCUGGGCCGGGUCAUUGCCAAGUCCUGGCUCGCUCCUCCUCAUUAUCCGCUUCCACACAAAUCUGACAUUCUUUGAUCCAUUCCGGCCUUUCCCUCACUCCCACCAGAUGCUGUACUCAGAGCUGCACCCGCUGCUGGGCUGGGUCAUAAAGUCAGAUCAAGUCAACCUCGUUAGACAAUCCGUCCCUUUCUCUUUAGCUGACACCUCCCUCCCGUUAGCGCCACGUGUCGACAUCUCAUUGGUCGGCGCCACACAGCCGCUACCGCUGCACACCGUCUACAGUCACAUGCAAAAGGCCGACCCCUCAUGGGGUGCCACCGCUCUGCACGUGCUUAUAGGGAAGCGCCUCCCAGUGGGCCUGCGCACGGACGAGAGGGUGCUGCCGAUCAAUCACGAGCUGACAGCUGUCGGCCAUGUGAGGCGCGGAUCCGACGGUCGACCCGCCAUCUUCGCUUCGCCCAAGUUUCCCUAUUUCCUCUUCCCAGAGACAAAAGCAGGCAUGAUCCAGAAGCUCAAUCAGCGGUGGGGGGCGCUGCUGGGGUGGGGAGUGCUGCUGUCUGCUGCUGCUGUGGGCGUUAUUGGACUAGCUGCGUGGAAGUACACCUUGAAUGGCGGGGCAGUAGCAGCUUCGCCUGCGGAGCUAGAGAGGAAUCUGGAGAAUCUGAUUCGCGGUGGGGAUGCGGAUGAGGAGGAGGUGGUGGGGGAGGAGGUACAGAGUGGGGAGCUCUGUGUGGUGUGUCUGCAUCGCAAGCGCAAGGCCGUGUUCAUCCCGUGUGGCCACCGUGUGUGUUGUCUGUCGUGUUCUAGGGUUGUGAGAGUGGAGCAGGCGCUGUGUCCGAUUUGCAGAGGGCAGGUUCUGGCUGCGUUUCGUGUGUAUGAUGCUUGA